CCGACAUGGGAGGCAAACUGAGCAAGAAGAAGAAGGGGUACAGUGUCAAUGAUGAAAAAGCUAAAGACAAAGACAAGAAGGCUGAAGGAGCAGCAACUGAGGAAGAGGAGACUCCAAAGGAGGCUGAGGAUGCCCAGCAAACCACAGAGACCACAGAAGUGAAGGAGAACAACAAGGAGGAAAAGGGCGAAAAGGAUACUCAGGUCGCUGCCAAUAAGACGGAAGAAAAAGAAGGGGAGAAGGAGAAAACAGUGACCCAGGAAGAAACCCAGAAACCAGAACCAGAGAAGUCGGAGGCGGUUGUCGAUGCGAAAGUAGAGCCACAGAAGAACAAUGAACAGGCACCCAAGCAAGAGGAGCCGACUGCAGCCUCUGCUCCCGCUGCCGGUAGCGAAGCAGCCAAAACUUCUGAGCCUAGCAACGAUGCAAAAGCUUCCCAGCCUUCAGAAGCCACAGCUCCCAGUAAAGCAGAUGACAAGAGCAAAGAGGAAGGGGAAGCCAAAAAGACUGAGGCUCCCGCAACGCCUGCAGCCCAAGAAACUAAAAGCGAAGUGGCCCCAGCUUCAGACUCAAAACCUAGCAGCAGCGAGGCUGCGCCUUCUUCCAAGGAGCCCGCGGCAGCAACAGCGGCACCUAGUUCCACUGCUAAGGCCUCGGACCCUGCAGCCCCACCAGAGGAAGCGAAACCUUCUGAAGUUCCAGCGACUAAUUCGGAUCAAACCAUAGCAGUGCAAGAUUAAAUUGGACAGCCUGUUGAAACAACCACUUAAAACAACCUGUGUCUUUUUUUUAUUUUUUCAGCUAUACUAACUCGUUUCAGAUCUGAAAUAACAAAUAUGUAUUGCCCAGAAAGAAAAGGAGAAAAAAAAAAAAAAAGAAAAAAUGAAA